GUUCCUCGUCGCUCUCUGGAUCGAGGACAAGCACAUGGUGGAGCGGCGAUGACCAAUGAGGAGAGGGUUACCAUGGCAACAGGGGGUGGAGAAAAGGCUCCUCCCCCGAGUCUGUUGGCGGGAGACUGUCUGAUCAGGAAUUGAGGGGGAGUGAGGAAUGCCAAGAUGGAGAACAAGCGGAAGUCUUCUCAGGGAGGCUCUGGUUUGGGCGACCCUGCAUUGUCACAACGGAAGAGGCAACGAGGAGCGGAUUGGGAUGAGGAUGGCCCUUCACAGUUUGAAGAGGAGCUGGCUUUUCUGGAUGAGGUGGAAGCUGAGAUGGCUCUGGAGAUGAAAGAAGCACAGUUGGUACCAGAUGUUAUCCCCCUUGGUACUCUCUUCUCAUCUGUGCAGAAUCCCAAAUGGCAGAGGCCACCGCUUCGCAAAAUAAACCCCAAAGAGGAGGCCCUGUGCUUCCAGCAGGUGGACCUGGAUUAUUAUGUAGGUUCUCAUCUCCCUGGAUUCCCAGGAUCCACCCAGGGCCCAGUUCCGGUGUUGCGGAUGUUUGGCAUCACUGGAGCAGGCAACAGUAUCUGCUGCCACAUCCAUGGCUUUGCCCCUUAUUUCUAUGUGCCCAGCCCGGCUGGGUUCCAAGCGGAGCACCUGGCUGACUUUCAGAGGGAACUCAAUGCAGUUGUCCUUAAGGACAUGCGGUCCAACAAGGAUGGGUUGAGCCAAGCUGUUCUGGCAGUGGAGAUCUGCAACAAGCAAAGCAUGUACGGCUACCAUGGGCAACAUCUCUCACCUUUCCUGAAAAUCACAAUGGCGAUGCCCCGGCUGAUUGCCCCGGCCAAGAGGUUGCUGGAACAGGGACUGCGGUGCGGCACGUUGGGAGUGCACCACUAUCAAGCUUUUGAGGCUAAUAUUGACUUCGAAAUCAGGUUCAUGGUGGACCGGGAUGUUGUCGGCUGCAACUGGAUUGAGUUGCCCGCUGGCAAGUAUCACCUGCGGCCGGAGCAGCCUGCCGGUGACUCCAGCAAAGAGAACCCACCCAAGGUGUCGCUCUGUCAACUGGAGGCUGAUGUAGCGUGGAUGGAUUUCAUUAGCCACCCUGCUGAGGGGGAGUGGCAGCGCAUUGCACCCCUGCGUGUGCUUAGUUUUGAUAUUGAAUGUGCUGGACGCAAAGGCAUUUUCCCUGAACCAGAGAAAGACCCAGUGAUCCAGAUUGCCAAUAUGGUCCUCCGACAGGGGGAGAAGGAUCCUUUUGUACGCAACGUCUUCACCUUGCAGAGUUGUGCCCCUAUUGUCGGUUCCCAGGUGCUCUGCUUCCAAAAGGAGGAGGAAAUGCUGAAGGCCUGGGCAGAAUUCAUACGAAUUGUGGACCCUGACAUCAUCACUGGUUACAACAUCCAGAACUUUGAUCUUCCCUAUCUCAUCAACCGUGCCCAGACCCUCAAGGUCUCCACGUUUCCCUUCUUGGGCCGCAUUCCUUCCCGCAAGUCAGUCAUCCGCGACUCUUCCUUCCAGUCCAAGCAGAUGGGCCGGCGGGAGAACAAAGUCAUUAACAUGGAAGGCAGAAUCCAGUUUGAUCUGCUUCAGGUUUUGCUGCGGGAUUACAAAUUGCGCUCCUACACACUGAAUGCUGUCAGUUAUCACUUCCUGCAGGAGCAGAAGGAAGACGUCCAGCACUCCAUCAUCACAGACCUGCAGAAUGGUUCAGACCAGUCACGCCGGCGGCUGGCGGUAUACUGCCUCAAGGAUGCCUACCUGCCUUUGCGGCUCUUGGAGAAGCUCAUGUGCGUCAUCAACUACAUGGAGAUGGCCAGAGUCACUGGUGUCCCUCUCAGCUACCUCUUGGCACGGGGGCAGCAAAUCAAAGUUGUCUCUCAGCUCCUGCGGCAGGCCAUGAAGCAGGAUCUGGUGAUGCCGGUGGUAAAAUCGGAAGGUGGGGAGGACUAUGCUGGUGCUACCGUCAUUGAGCCGCUGAAGGGCUAUUACGAUGUGCCCAUAGCCACCUUGGACUUCUCCUCGCUGUACCCCUCUAUCAUGAUGGCUCACAAUCUGUGUUACACCACGCUGCUGCAGCAGGGGGCGGCGGAGCGCUACGGGCUCACCCCGGAGCAGUUCAUUCGCACCCCGACCGGGGACCAUUUUGUGAAAGCGUCCGUCCGCAAAGGGCUGUUGCCGGAGAUCUUGGAGAACUUGCUGGCUGCCCGUAAGAGGGCCAAGGGAGAGCUGCAGCGAGAGACGGAUCCGUUCAAGCGCCAGGUGCUGGAUGGGCGGCAGCUGGCCCUGAAGGUCAGCGCCAACUCCGUUUAUGGCUUCACAGGGGCCCAAGUGGGCAAACUGCCUUGCCUCGAGAUCUCUCAGAGUGUGACUGGAUUUGGGCGUCAAAUGAUUGAGAAGACGAAACAACUGGUGGAAUCCAAGUAUACCAUUGCCAACGGCUACAGCGCUGAUGCCAAGGUAGUGUACGGGGACACGGACUCUGUCAUGUGCCGCCUGGGUGUGCCAGCGGUUGCCGAGGCCAUGGAGAUCGGCAGGGAAGCAGCCGCCUGGGUUUCCAGCCACUUCAUUCCCCCCAUCAAGCUGGAGUUCGAAAAGGUGUACUUCCCCUACCUGCUGAUCAAUAAGAAGCGCUAUGCUGGCCUGUACUUCUCCUCCAGUCCCGACACCCAUGACAAGAUGGACUGCAAGGGCAUUGAGACUGUGCGAAGAGACAACUGCCCCCUAGUGGCAAACCUCAUCAACACCUGUCUGCAGAAGCUGCUGAUCGAUAGGGACCCUUCAGGUGCUGUGGCCCAUGCCAAGGAGGUCAUCUCUGAUCUGCUGUGUAACAGAGUUGACAUUUCACAGCUGGUGAUCACCAAAGAGCUGACGCGCACAGCAGACGAGUAUGCAGGACGCCAGGCUCAUGUGGAGCUGGCGGAGCGGAUGCGCCGGCGGGAUCCCGGCAGCGCCCCCAACCUGGGGGACCGAGUUCCUUACGUCAUUAUCGGCGCUGCUAAAGGCGUCGCCGCGUACAUGAAAUCUGAAGAUCCCAUCUAUGUGCUGGAGAACAACCUGCCCAUCGACACCCAGUACUACCUGGAGCAGCAGCUGGCCAAGCCGCUCUUGCGCAUCUUUGAGCCCAUCUUGGGAGAGGGCAAGGCCCAGAACGUCCUCCUGAAGGGGGAGCACACCCGCUGCAAAACAGUGCUGACAGCCAAGGUUGGAGGGCUCAUGGCGUUCGCCACCAAACGGAGCACCUGCAUCGGCUGCCGAGCUGUCCUCCCCCACCAUGGUGCUGUGUGCAAAUUCUGCCUCGGCCGCCAGUCUGAGCUCUACCAGAAGGAGGUGGCCCAUCUGAGUUCUCUGGAGGAGAAGUUCUCGCGCUUGUGGACGCAGUGUCAGCGCUGCCAAGGGAGCCUGCAUGAGGACGUCCUCUGUACUAGCCGUGACUGCCCCAUCUUUUAUAUGCGAAAGAAAGUUCAGAAGGACCUUGAUGACCAAGAAGUUCUGAUCUCGCGCUUUGGCCCCCCCACGUGGUGAUGUCACCUCUUUAUCCAGCAGACUGAAACCCCUCCUUUAAGUGAAGACGAAGGCACAGUGGGGCCUGAGCAGCAGAAGGAAAAGUUGCCCCCCACACACACAAGAUAGGGCGUGGGCGUGGCCUCCAAUGCCGGGCUUGUGGCUGGGGGCAAGAGGACCCAGAGUGUUGCAGGAAAGAUGUCAUACUAAGCCCCAACCCCUCAAGAAUUACUAUGGGAACUAUAUUUGUAAUAUUGAUUUCUACAAAUGAAAUAAAGAUUUUUUUUUCCUA